AUGCGGUCAUCGUGGCGCUGCGAUGGUUGCGCCAUCAGGAGAGUUCGGUGUAACGGCGGCAAGCCUUGCCAGGAGUGCCAAAAACGCUCCUUAGCCUGCACAUUCCUCAGGGUCCAGCGAAAACGAGGCCCGAAGGGGCCUCGAGUUUCCACCAGUGAAAAGAUUAAGCAAAUUCAAGAAGACCUGUAUUCUGCAAUGCUCACAAGUGCAAGUGCCGACGAGAAUUCGCCGGGGAAUUCGUCACCUGAGACUAUUCCGCCCCAACACGCAGAAAUCACACACGAAGAUUACAUCAAAUAUCUAGAUAUCUUCAAAGAGCGCUUGUAUUCUGUUUGGCCCGUAGUCGACUGCGAUGAACUUAUACACAAGUUACUUAUUCAUGAGGCAGACUACGAGUCAUACGCUCUUGCUGCGUCACUUUGCGCUGCUACGAUAGCCCAGAUGAGGUUGCCGGAACAUGAUACCCAAGAGAUUGAUGGAGGAGUAACUUCUUCGCAGUUUAUAGAGGAAGUGCACAGAUUGCGACAGCUUUUUGAAUACAGAGAGAUAGUCUCCAUACCUUCGCUUCUAACAUCAUUUUUCUUACAUAUAUUCUACGCGAAUGCAGAGAAGAUACGAUCUGCGGGUUCGCUCCUGCGGGAAGCUAUUGGCUGCGCCUUCGGCCUUCGCAUGCACGAGUCGGAGAGCUAUCUUCCCACAUAUUCCCAUGAAAACCAGCUAAAGAUACGGAUCUUCUGGAUACUUUUCAUCUCAGAACGAACCUAUUGUAUCCAGAAUGACACACCCAUGAUGCUACAGCCGAUAGAAUAUUUACCCGAAGUACCGAAUGAUGAGACUCAAGAUCGAAAGCUCCUUUCAGCAUUUGUUAGCUUGACACAGUUGUUUGUUAACCUCGAUGGCGAAUUUGCAAGAUCGCUUUACGGGCGCUCGGGCAAAGGUUGUGGCUCAUGUCUCGGAUAUCAUCGAGACGAAAUGUCCACUGCCCAGCGAGAUCUGUGUACUGAAAAAGAUGAUAGUGAUUUAAGGGAAUCACAGCAAGUUGAUAUAGCCGUAACGAGGCAAUGGAUUCGGACCCUGCUAUGGCAAUAUACAGUGUCGCACUUCCCAGUGUCUUGCAAUUCCGAGGACCCUGCGUUUUCCUCUCUUCUGCCGGCUCAAAUCGCCAAGGAGACACUUUCCACGUUUAACAAAUUCUCCCCAGGGGCUAUCAAAGUCCAUGGUUAUGGAAUGGUGAGUACAUAA